CGUUUCGAACGCUUGUCAGUCAGCAGUUGUAAGCCGCGCUGUUCGGUUGGGUUCCCUCGCUCAUAGAAAGGUGCGCGCGUAUAUUUCGUUGCACCUGCUCGAAUUCCUCAGGACCAGUAUAGCAUGUGUUCUUAAGGCCUACGCCCUUGAUCUCGUUUACUGGGUUGAAGCAAAAACAAAUUAAUUCAGAGAGAAGAAAAACAACAUCUAGAAAUUUCACUAUCAAGGGAAUUUCAAAUAUAGAUAUUUCUUCUCUAGAGAAGAUCCCAUGAGUGUCAGACGAGCUUGGCAUGGGGGGUGAAACAACCCAGCCCAUGUUCUUUUUGCGGAUGGUGCCCAUUUUGAUCCUUCUGGCGAUGACUGUGUCUGCUAGUGUGGCUGCUCUGUGUCCGGUAAAGUGCCGUUGCAAUGACACAACCCUAUCCACAAUAUGCACGUCGGCAGGCCUAGAAGUCAUCCCUUUACAACUAAACCCCGAAAUACGUCACAUGGACUUAUCCAACAACAAGAUCAGUAAUCUCUAUUACGCUCUAUCAAUAUACGAGAAUCUGAUAAGUCUAGAUCUGUCUAAGAACAACCUAAGCUCUCUCGGUUCCGACAAAUUCAAAUCUCAGAGCAAUUUACAGGUUUUGAAUAUCAGUCGGAACAGCAUCGAGAAACUGAAGAAAGACUCCUUCAACGGCCUCAAAGCGCUCGUCAAGUUGGACUUGAGUUACAACAGAUUGGAGCAACUGCAUAAUUUAACCUUCCUCGAGUUACAUUCAUUACGUACAGUCGUUCUCAGUGGUAAUCGAAUAACGCAUCUGGAUAAAGGCCUUCUUAAGGCCACGAAGCAUCUGAAAGAAUUGGUGCUGGAUAACAACCAGUUGUUGGAAAUCCCUUCGGCCGUUUUAUCAGACGCAAUAGGCCUUCAACGUCUGAUUCUGUCCCAGAACCUAAUUGACAGUGUUGAUGAGGGGAGCAUACCGAUUCUUUCAGAUCUACGAUCUCUCUCAAUCGACGGCAAUGUGAUUAGAGAUAUUCAUCAUGCCGCCCUAACAGGACUUCUAUCCCUCGAACGCUUGGAUUUAAGCGACAACAAUUUCACAAAUGUACCAACCGCUUCCUUGUCGAAGUUAUCCAAUCUGACAUGGCUCAAACUAAGUGGAAAUUUCGUUGGAAAGAUUCCACCCGUGGCUUUCAGAGGCCUAUUCCAGCUGAAAUAUAUUCAUUUAGAUCGAUUGGAACUGUUAACGAAGAUUGACGUUAGAGCAUUCGUAGACAACAUAAACCUGGAGCGCAUUUGGCUCAACGAUAACAUUGGCUUGAGUUCUAUACCGACUAGGAUCUUCCACGGCAAUCCGAAAAUUGUUCAUAUAUCUAUGAGGAAUAACGCUCUGACUACGGUUGAAGCCACGCAUUUCCCAUUAGAUCAAUUAAGGUUGUUACAACUUGGAGGAAAUCCAUUAGAAUGUAACUGCUCGUUAUUGUGGUUGUGGCAUUUGGCGCAAGAUCAAAAUAAAUCGCCAAUUAUCCAGUCCAACCAAACGCAUAACAUUCCUUCUGAGCUACACAUUGAUUCUCAAGACAUCAUUUGCGCUGGACCGGAAACACAAUUGGGUAAGCGACUGCUUGACGUGUCUGAAUCUGAAAUAAACUGUUCCUACAGUUGGAUAGCCAUAAUGUCAGCAGUCGUCAGUAUCCUGUUCGUUGUUGUGAUAAUAACAGGUCUUAUACUUUGGAGCCCGUUGAAGAAGAGUCACUUAAGAGGUAAAGACAUGUCUCAAGGGAGCGGUGCCCUUGGCAGGGCAGAGGUGUACGAGCCCCCAAGGAUCGAAAAAUGCAUAGUCUCUGCACCUGUGUCCCAUCAUCACGAUUAUCGCACUUUAUCCUCAUGGGAGCAUUAUGGAUCCAGCUACGGUAAUUGUAUGAGUAAUAUGAACAUAUACGAACAGUUGGAUUGUCACUUAAAGGAUCGCCCCCAUAUCGUUUAUGUCUAGAUGGACAAAAUUGAAUUGGGAUGAUACUUGACGUAUCCCAAAAACCAUUCGAAACUUCUGUUUGUUUUGUCUUUUCCCUUGAUAAGCGGAACUGUGUUAUAUCAAAAUUGAGACAGCAUUCGCUAGAUGUUACUGGACUCUCCAGUACUGAUUGAUAUUAAAUACAAGUAAUUCUAAUUUCCACUAUCUUAUUAUUAUUUCGCUACACAGUAGCUUCUUCAGAUUUCUUACAUUUUGAAUAACUAAACUUAGUGAUAGACCAAUUUUAUAUAUCUAGGGAAAGAUAUCUACAUGUAUGUUUACAGCAAUCAACUGAGGAAAUUAGAGUGAGUAGUUCAAAUAUGUUUGGUCGAUGAGCAAUAUUGCUAUUUUAUUAAGUCUGUUUAUUUUUGAGGCUUCUAGGCAGGUAAGGACUAUAUGUGAAAUUUCAUAAUAGUCGUUGAAAUUUAUGUCCUAGUUCUAAAAGAUGUUUCCGAUAUGUUGAAUUUUUCUUGUCGUCGAGAAAAUACUUGAUAUGUUCUUUGAUUCUGCCCUUACCUACCUAGAUACCCAAUUAAAAAAAAAACGUAAUAAAAUGGGAAUUUUGCUCAAUGAUCAAACAGAUCUGAAUAUCUCCCUACAAUUCACAUUUUCUAAAUUGCUGUCAUUCAUUCAGUCCUUUGUUGUUAGCACUUGCCUAUCUCUAUAUCUAUUUAUGGAACUAGCCCAUCACUAAUCAUUCAAAAUGUAAGAAAUCUGUUGAUGUGUAGCAAAACAAUUGUUAUUUAGUAAUAAAAUAGUGGAAAUGGGAAACCUUCACAUUUAAAUCAAUAAAGAUACUAAGAUCAAGUUGAAUCAAAGGGAUACAAUAGAUUUUCCAACUCCGAUGGUUAUUUGUAUUCAUUUUUUAACGAUGGACUAUGAAUAACCAUUCAGAUUAUUCUUAUUGUAUCCACAUAUCCAUCUCUUAAAGAAAUCGACGUCAGAGACACAUAUGAAAAAAAUUAAAUCUUCAGAUGAUGAUACAAUUUUGAGCUUUCAUAAAAUAUCUUGAACAAUAUGGUGUUCAAGAUAUGUUAUUUUUAUCGAAAAGCAUACAAAAUGUACAUUAGAGCCCCCAUGCCAUAAAACUAAGAUUAUGUUCAUGACAUGAACAGCUAAUUUCUUAGUUUGCAAGUCGUAUUCGAAUUUAUUCCUACACUGAAGUCAGAUGUCUGUUAGUUGUACCUAACAGGUUAAUAAGUUUCAAGACGGAUAGUUCAACUAUCUAAAGCAAGAAGUAUUCCUUGCUCUGAAAUAAAACAAUGUUGCUGAAAACGAACUUUGAGAAUUGAGAGAAAACCUAAAAUUUCAAAUUAUUGUCUAGUGUUCUUCUCUCAGAAAUGAUCGAGCCACAAAUAAAAUGCAGUUGCCCAAAACAAUCCUGUCAUUGGAGUUUUCCUUUAUGAGCCAAGAAGUGCUGGCAAGUUUUACGAUGUAAACUUGAAUAAGAAAUUCAUCAUUCGAUUUUGCUUCGUUCAAAACCUUUCCAUCUUGACGACAUAAAACUAAUGAAGAGCUCUUUCAGGAGAAACAAUAAUCGAAUAUCACGUUCUAAGUAGUCCAUUAUUUCUGCUUUUCUCAUUAUUGGAUUCAUCGUUUAUGCCGUUUAUGAUUUUAAUUCGUGCCAAUAAGAGUUAGAAAUUUCAAUUCGUCCUUUACUUAUUUCCGCAAAAGAAUUAUCGACUUGAUUUGAACGAAAUCUCAACCGUUGGUGUCAGAAAAAAUAAGAAGUGUUAAUAUUGAAUUUGCUAUUUGGAUUCAUAUUGAAGGAGUUUCGUUUUUUACUGAAAGGAGAGAUUACAUUUACUGUUAUGUUGAGUUAUAUAUUACCCACCCAGUAAAAUCGGGUUGUCUAUGUACAGCUCGGACCAAAAGUAAUUCAGAAUAAAAGAUCAUAUCUUUGCUACUGAGUCAAAACCACUCAGUUACCAACUAUUAAAGGUGUAUAAAUGUUUUGUAUUAAGAACAAAAUUUAAUAAUUGUCUUCCUAUAUUUACUGUCGCUACUUAUUCAUCUCAAUGUACAUGUAUAAUUGUCUUAUCCUUUUCAAUUCCAGUGGAACUAGUAGAAAGGUUCAAUUUUAUGUUAGAAUACAAACAACCGAAUUGUAGGAAAUUUUCAGCUCUUCUGAAGAAUCAGAGGGAAAGACUGAAAAAAGUGUCCAUUUUGAUACUACUAUAAGUCGAUUAAUUUUUAUCCUAAAUUAUGGACUGAGUGUAAGAUAAGGUGAAUAUCGAAAAGCAAUAAAAUUUAUCGGAAACUUCUCAAAUAAUUCGAUGAAGAAAUAUUGAAUGGAUUGAUGAACAUCUUCAUUAUAUUGAUAAAAUAUUUGAAUAUAUAGAUACUGGAUUUUUUAUUGGAACGACGUUCUCGAAGAAUGUCAAGCGCUUGCAAUUUUUUUCCUCAAAUUAAUUGUGAAGCUACGAUUUGUUUUAGAAUGAAGAGUUAUGAUUGGAAUAUUUUUCGAGAAUGUAUCCCUUUCAGCAUUAUAGCAUAUAAUUGAAGACCUUUCUUGUUUGUUUUCUCGAUUAUUUAAAAUAAAUGAUUAUAUGUAUGUCUUUAUUGGACCAUGUAACCCCUUACCAUGCUAAAGAUGUUGAAAAUUUAUUUUAAUAAGCAUUUUGAAUAAAGGAUAAAAACAUGUGUCAUUGUGUACAAGUAUUAUUUACAAAUAUGACUGUCAUCGAUACUCUUGUAAUAUUAUCAUUCAGUUAUCUCCAUUUUAUAUUAGUUAUGGAUAAUGUUUAUUGAAAUAAAAUAUUUAAAUUA